GACUAAUCAAUCCAUCGAAAUGGCUGCUGUUCAGAAAAUUACUCUAGCCCUUGUGUGCCUGUGCUUCUUGUGUGAUAUGGUUCUGUGCCAGCAGCAGGCCAGCAAUAAUUCGGAAACGGAUUCCGAUGUGGCUGAGAGCCGCACAUUUGGCCAUCAUUUUUUGCGUCGCAUUAGCUUUGCCCUAGUGCCAGGAGCAUUUGUUGUCGGUGUAAUUACCACCUUGUUGGCCGCUCUCACUGUAGUCUCCAUUAAGGGUCUGGGUGUGGGUGUCAUCUUGCUGGUGCUGGCCAUCGGACAGAUGUUAUCCCGUGCUCUGCCCGUUCAGGCAGCUGCUGCUUAUGCUGCCGCCCCAGUUCCCGCCCCCGUUCCCGUUGUCUACUCCCAUUCCCAUACACAGCAGCCCGUUUGGCUGGAAAAGGAAUGGUAG